AUGCGCACCGCGGGCGAGUGCAGCACGCGCUACAACAGCGGGUGGAAGACAGGUCCCGCCUAUCUCGCCCUUAAGACAUCGAAGAAGUACGACGAAGUGGUCAAAAUUGCGAGGUGCCACCGAAAGGGCCUGCUGGUGUACUGCGAGGGCGCAUGCAGCAAGGGGUUCCAUGCCGCCUGUGUAAACCUCGACGCCAUCCCCGAGGGAAGCUGGGUCUGCUCCAGCUGUGACCAGUCUCCCGGGGCAAACGCGCGGCGCAAGGUCGUCGCCGAGCAAACGGCGCGGGCCGUCACCUUCACGAAAGAAACCGCCGCCGACGCCGCCGCCGACGCCGCCGCCUUGCUCGCGGUCAUGGCCUCUUCGGAGGCCCUCGUUGACGCUGCAAGAGCGGAGAUCACGGACAUGACCACAUCCGCCGGUACGGCCACAGACGCCGCCCGGGCAACCCUGGACGUUUCGUUGAGGAAUUGUGCCCGUUGCUUCGACCCCUUGCGAAGGGACCCGUGGUGUGAUUCAAAGCUAGGGAAGAGGAAGUAA